UCAAGUUUAAAAAAGUGUUCAUUUCCGGUGUGAACCCAGUUCUCGAAACAGAAGAAAGUGUGCAUUUUCCAUUUUCAUUUAUUUUCUGUCGUUGAUUUUACUACGGAAUCGUGUUUGAUGAAAUCUUGGUUUAUUUUGUGUUUGUUCGUUAGUAUUUGUAAAAUUGUGUUAUAGUUGUUGUGCGUCUAUAUUCAGCAAGAUUCAAUAGGCGCUUUGGUCCGUCAUAGACAGUGGAAGGUACCGACGUAAUAUCGAAUAUCUAUCCUAUAUUUACUUGCGCAUAAUUUCGCACAGUAGGUGUUCAUCCGUGGUCACCACGUUUUUGCCAGCUGGUUGGCGCGCCCGGCGUGUCGUAAAGCAGUGUUUCCCUGGUGCCAGCUUCGUGGAAGCCAGGAUCAACAAUUCAUCCCGUUCGCCAGCUCUCGUCCAAAGGGGCGUUACCAUUUUAUAUGACUUUAGCAAGAAAUACAGAGAAAUCAGUACAGCGCGUGGAGAGUGGUCGGUGUGUCGCGACAACAAGAGCGGCCGGCUGCCGUCGAGCGUGCAUGACGCUUCACACACCUGGCAACACUGCUCGCAGACCGUCGAAAUUUUGCAGUAACCGGCACCGCAAAUUGUUGCCGCUUCGGCAGACGUGACUGGCGCGCCGCGCGGGACCCCCCGCCCGCAUGCCGCCCCGCUGACCGCCCCGCCCGACGCCCCGCUCAGCGCUCCGCUUGUAUAUAGCCGAUCCAGUGUAAAGAAAAAAAAAACGAGAUCAUAAAAGUUCGCAUUAUAUAAUUAGUUAGAAUUAGUAUCGAACCAUGGGGUCUGUGAACGUGAACCGCAAUGUGGCCGACGCGUUCUACCGCUACAAGAUGCCGCGCAUCUGCGCCAAGGUGGAGGGCAAGGGGAACGGCAUCAAGACUGUCAUUGUGAACAUGCCCGAGGUGGCCAAGGCACUGGGCAGACCCGCUACGUAUCCGACGAAGUACUUCGGUUGCGAGUUGGGCGCCCAAACCCAGUUCGACUUCAAGAACGAGCGUUUCAUUGUCAACGGCAGCCACGAUUCUGCCAAACUGCAAGACUUGUUGGAUGGUUUCAUCCGCAAGUUCGUACUCUGCCCGGAAUGCGACAAUCCGGAAACGGAACUCAUAGUUUCAACCAAACGCAACACCAUCUCCCAGGGCUGCAAGGCUUGCGGUUACCACGGGCAGUUGGACUUCAACCAUAAGCUGAACACGUUUAUAUUGAAGAACCCGCCUGCUACUGAUCCAGCUGUGCAGGGCUCGUCUCUUACGGAGGGUAAUCGCGGAAAGCGUUCCAAGCGCUCCGGCCCCGGAGCCGCCAACGGGAACCACGAUGGCGACGACAAGCCGCAAGAAUCGGAAGCCCCCCUGACUCCCGUGACGCCGACGACGCCGAACCCCAAGAGCAGCAAGAAGAGCAGGAACAAGGACGAGUCUGACGACGACGACGGCAACUGGACCGUCGACGUCAGCGACGCCGCCGUCAGGGCGCGCAUGCAGGAUCUAACGGAAGGCGCCAAAAGCAUGACCCUGUCCGAGGACAGCGAGAAGAAUGAGAAGCAGCGCAUGGACCUGUUCUACAGCUAUAUGCAGCAGAAGGCCAGCCAGGGGGACCUGCAGCACGCCAGGGCCAUCGCCGAUAUCUUGCACGAGGCUGAAAGGCUGGAGGUGAAGUCGAAGGCGCCGCUGGUGGCGUUCGAGGUGCUGGUGCGGCCCGCGUCGCUGGGCGCGGACGUGCGGCGGCACCGCGCGCUGCUGCUGCGGCUGGCGCGCGCCGAGCCCCGCGCACAGCGCGCCGCGCUGCACGCCGUCACCGCGCUGGCCGCGCACCACCCCGCGCUGCUGCCCAAGGUGCCCGCCAUCCUCAAGCUGCUGUACGACAACGACAUCGUGGAGGAGAAGGCGAUCCUGGAGUGGGCGUCGAAGCCGUCGCGCAAGUACGCCAGCAAGGAGGUGGUGGCCGAGGUGCGGCGCCGCGCGCAGCCCUUCCUGGACUGGCUCAACGACGCCGAGGAGGACUCCAGCGACGACCGCAGCGAGGAGGACAUCGAGAUCCAAUACGACGACCGCGCCACGGUGACCCCGAUGAAGGCGGUGCCGGCCGCGCCCGCCAAGCCGGCGCCGCGCGACGACGACGACGUGGACGUCGACAUCGACGCCAUCUAGGCUGCUACAUGCCACCGCUACAUGCCGCUACAUGCCACCUCUACAUGCCGCACGCUGUGGAACCAUAACCGACCGUGGAAGAACGCUCUGUUUUAUACGUGAUUUGGAAGAGUAAAUAUUUAAAAAGUCAAGCGGAAUAAAUUUGAAUUUAUUUCCGUAAUCUACACUGUACAUCUCAUUCUCGUUACUCCAAUUAGAAAGAGACGGAAGGGAACCGGAAAAAUAAAUGUUAUCUCCAUGCUUCAUAAAGUAUAAGAUGAU